AUGGAGAUGCCUUCCCGUAAUCCAACUGCUAGGGUCGGCACUUUGGGCCGUUUCGGAGCCGAUGUUGGCAGGGCGGAAAAGGCACUAACGGUUCGGUCACCGAUAGUUCUACCUUAUCCCACCGCGCCAGUGGCAUCUCGCCGAACUCCAUCGCUUCGUAUUAAUCUUGGCUUUUAUGGUGCCAUCGCGAAGAUAGUUCAUCUCUGGAACACAAGUAUUUGUCUGAAACUCUGGAUCAAGAAUGCCAUUUGCACGAUCACAGUGUUCACAGUCCUUGGCAUGCCAAUGCAGCUGUCCAGGGGUUUCUCAGGCCCAACUCAAUAA